ACCCAAAAACCCCAUAAACCCUUUUCUCUCUCUCUACAUUUUCUCUCUCUAAAAAAAUGGAAAGCUGCCUGAACACCACUGUGUCUAUCACUCCGGCUGAAGAAUGCAAUUACUCAAAUUCACAUUCACAUUCACCACCGUUGUCUCAGCUUAGCCCCACCAGUGUUCUAUCUACAUCUCCGCCGCAUCCGGUGGUGGUCAGCCCGUGUGCCGCCUGCAAGAUCCUCAGACGGCGGUGCACCGAGAAGUGCAUGUUAGCACCCUACUUCCCUCCCACUGACCCCCACAAGUUCACCAUUGCACAUAGAGUCUUUGGAGCCAGCAACAUUAUCAAAUUGUUGCAGGAACUUCCAGAGUUUCGCAGAGCAGACGCAGUAAGCAGCAUGGUAUACGAAGCGAAUGCAAGGCUUAGAGAUCCUAUUUAUGGGUGCACGGGCACAAUUUGCCAGCUUCAAAAACAAAUUAGUGUGCUCCAAGCCGAGCUAGCCAAGGCGCAAGCAGAGAAGCUCAACUUACAAUGCCGACAAUCCCAUAUUUUAACUCUAAUACGUGCGCAAAUGGAACAACCACAUCUACCACUCUCACCGUCACUACACCACCAGAACCUCUUCGAGGAUUUAAGUUUCUUUGAUGAUAGUGCCAGUAUUGGAAGUCUAGACUCUCUUUGGACGUGAAUUCAAGAGCUAAUUAAUAUCUUGUUCAAAAUGCAUAAAGAGAUGCAGUGGCGGCGGAACUAGAACAUUUUUAUCGAGGAUCAUCAUAAGGCGGCUACAACUAUAUAAAGUUUAAAUAUAUAGUUUAACUUAAAAUAUAUAAUCAGAAUAUAAGGUUCGCAUUCCAAAAAUGGGAAUAAAGAACAUAAUACAUACAUGAUAUUAAUUGUAUUUUAACUAGAAAUGCUUUGCCGUUAAUUACAGCGACUUAAAGAUCGCAUAGCAGUUGUUGUAUUUCCUAGAUUUUUAAUUAAUAUGCAAACGAAGUCGUUGUA